CUUCCGUGUUACUCCUGAAUGUUAAGAACAUCCGUGAAUCAUUCACUCUGGUUAACACUGCGCCAUUAGAAACCUCAGAACCAGUUCUUCAGCAAUUUUCUGUAGCAGAAGAGUAAACUGCGCCACAGAGAAAACCUGUAUAAAAAAUAUUUUUUCUCAAAUGGAAUCAUACAAUCUAUUUGCUGCAGUAUUAUGAAAAAAUUACUUCAAGUCAAGCAAUCUAAUGAAAAGAUCUCAUCUGUAUAAUAUUUCUUGAAAUCAUUAGAUGUUCAAAACAGGUACAACAGUGCUUGCUUAUGUGGAUACAGAAGGAAGCAGGUGAUGUUGUUAGGGGCUCUAAGCCCCUUUGGGAGCAUCUCUUGUGCAUUGGGACCAUAAUCAACAUCUGCUAGAAGAAGUGUCACCUGUGAGGCAUAGUAAGUUCUGGGCAGUAAGAAGAGCUGGCUGGAGAAGAUUAAAGUGUGGAUCAUUACUAAUGUGCAGGCACCGAGAACAUGACCAGUGAAUAAGCCUGGAAAUGGGAAGCAAACUGCAAAGUAUUGACAGAUGAGGAAGGAAGAGUAGAGGCUGUGAUGUUGAACAGGAACUUGGGCCACCUCCAUCUGUAGAUGAGGCAGCAAACACACUCAUGACUCGUCUGGGUUUCCUCCUUGGAGAGAAAGUCCAGGAAGUACAGCCAGGUGACCAGUACAGCAUGGAGGUACAGGAUGAAAAUCAGACCUCAGCAAUCACCCAGCGGAUAAGUCCCUGCUCCACCCUGACUAGCAGCACUGCCUCUCCACCAGCCAGUAGCCCCUGCUCCACGCUCCCGCCAAUCAGUACAAAUGCAGCUGCCAAGGACUGUAGCUAUGGGGCUGUCACCAGCCCAACCUCCACCCUAGAAAGCAGGGACAGUGGCAUCAUUGCUACAUUGACAAAUUAUUCGGAAAACAUGGAGCGUACAAAAUAUGUUGGGGAAAGCAGUAAAGAAUUAGGAUCUGGAGGAAACCUAAAACCAUGGCAAUCUCAGAAAUCCAGCAUGGACUCCUGUUUGUAUCGAGUAGAUGAAAACAUGACUGCCUCCACAUACAGUCUGAAUAAGAUCCAAGAGAGGAAUUUGGAAACGGUUUUAUCCCAAUCAGUACAGUCUAUUCCUUUGUAUCUCAUGCCUCGGCCAAAUUCAGUAGCAGCCACAAGCUCUGCCCACUUGGAGGAUCUUGCUUACCUGGAUGAGCAGAGACAUACUCCUUUAAGAACUUCUCUUCGAAUGCCAAGACAGAGUAUGGGUGGUGUUCGUACACAGCAGGAUCUAAGAGUUCGCUUUGCACCUUACAGACCUCCAGAUAUCUCCCUGAAGCCCCUACUCUUUGAAGUGCCCAGCAUCACCACAGAGUCAGUGUUUGUUGGCAGAGAUUGGGUAUUCCACGAGAUUGAUGUUCAGCUUCAGAGUUCAAAUGCCAACGUGAACCAAGGAGUAGUGAUUGUGGGAAAUAUUGGGUUUGGCAAAACUGCCAUCAUCUCCAGACUGGUGGCCCUCAGCUGCCAUGGUACACGGAUGAGACAGAUCGCCUCUGAUAGCCCACAUGCUUCCCCCAAACAUGUAGACGCCAACAGAGAGCUACCACUCACCCAGCCGCCUUCAGCCCAUUCAUCUAUUACCAGUGGAAGCUGCCCAGGAACUCCAGAAAUGCGCAGACGGCAGGAGGAGGCCAUGCGAAGACUUGCCUCACAGGUGGUUGCCUAUCACUAUUGCCAAGCAGAUAAUGCCUACACCUGCCUGGUACCAGAAUUUGUCCACAAUGUUGCUGCCCUGCUCUGCCGCUCACCCCAGCUGACAGCUUACCGGGAGCAGCUUCUUCGGGAGCCUCACUUGCAAAGCAUGCUAAGCCUCCGGUCCUGUGUUCAAGACCCCAUGGCCUCCUUCCGGAGGGGAGUCCUAGAGCCUCUGGAGAACCUCCACAAAGAGAGAAAAAUCCCAGAUGAAGAUUUCAUCAUUUUAAUUGAUGGAUUAAAUGAAGCAGAAUUUCACAAACCGGAUUAUGGGGAUACAAUUGUAUCAUUUCUCAGUAAAAUGAUUGGAAAUUUUCCUUCUUGGCUCAAACUAAUUGUAACAGUUAGGACCAGUUUACAGGAAAUUACCAAGUUGCUGCCUUUCCAUAGGAUUUUUUUGGACCGACUAGAAGAGAAUGAAGCCAUAGAUCAAGACCUGCAGGCUUACAUCCUGCACCGGAUUCACAGCAGCUCAGAGAUUCAGAAUAACAUCUCACUUAAUGGCAAGAUGGACAAUACUACAUUUGGCAAACUCAGUUCUCACCUCAAGACCCUCAGUCAAGGGUCAUAUCUAUACCUGAAACUAACAUUUGACCUCAUAGAGAAAGGUUACCUAGUGCUAAAGAGCUCUAGCUACAAAGUGGUUCCUGUCUCACUCUCUGAGGUUUAUUUACUCCAGUGCAAUAUGAAGUUCCCAACUCAGUCUUCCUUUGACCGGGUGAUGCCUCUCCUGAAUGUGGCGGUGGCCUCUCUCCACCCACUUACUGAUGAACAUAUCUUCCAGGCCAUCAAUGCUGGGAGCAUUGAAGGCACACUAGAAUGGGAAGACUUUCAGCAAAGAAUGGAGAACCUCUCCAUGUUCCUAAUCAAGCGCAGAGACAUGACUCGAAUGUUUGUGCACCCCUCUUUUCGAGAAUGGCUGAUCUGGAGAGAAGAAGGAGAGAAAACCAAAUUUCUCUGUGAUCCCAGGAGUGGCCACACAUUACUUGCCUUCUGGUUUUCCCGCCAAGAGGGAAAACUAAACCGACAGCAGACUAUUGAACUGGGACAUCACAUCCUCAAAGCACACAUCUUUAAGGGUUUGAGUAAAAAAGUUGGUGUAUCAUCCUCCAUCCUCCAAGGUCUCUGGAUCUCCUAUAGUACAGAAGGCCUUUCCAUGGCAUUGGCCUCUUUACGAAAUCUCUACACUCCAAAUAUAAAGGUCAGCAGACUGCUGAUUUUGGGAGGUGCCAAUAUUAAUUACCGGACAGAGGUUUUAAAUAAUGCCCCAAUCCUAUGUGUCCAAUCUCACCUUGGUUACACAGAAAUGGUGGCCCUGCUUUUGGAAUUUGGGGCCAAUGUGGAUGCCUCUUCUGAGAGUGGCCUGACUCCUCUGGGUUAUGCUGCAGCAGCAGGGUUCCUGAGCAUCGUAGUGUUGCUGUGCAAGAGACGGGCCAAGGUAGAUCACUUGGAUAAGAAUGGGCAGUGUGCUUUGGUUCAUGCUGCUCUGCGGGGUCAUCUAGAGGUUGUCAAGUUUCUGAUUCAGUGUGACUGGACAAUGGCAGGCCAGCAGCAAGGAGUGUUUAAGAAGAGCCAUGCCAUCCAGCAGGCCCUCAUUGCUGCAGCCAGCAUGGGCUACACUGAGAUUGUCUCCUACCUACUUGAUCUUCCAGAAAAAGAUGAAGAGGAAGUGGAGCGAGCACAGAUCAACAGUUUUGACAGUCUCUGGGGAGAGACAGCCCUGACAGCCGCGGCUGGAAGAGGAAAACUGGAUGUGUGCCGUCUGCUUCUGGAACAAGGGGCAGCAGUGGCCCAGCCAAACCGCAGAGGAGCAGUGCCCCUAUUCAGCACUGUCCGCCAGGGCCAUUGGCAGAUCGUUGAUCUUUUACUUACCCAUGGAGCUGAUGUCAACAUGGCAGACAAGCAGGGCCGUACUCCCUUGAUGAUGGCUGCUUCUGAAGGCCAUCUAGGAACUGUGGACUUUCUACUUGCACAAGGUGCCUCCAUUGCCCUAAUGGACAAAGAAGGAUUGACAGCCCUCAGCUGGGCUUGUUUGAAGGGCCAUCUCUCAGUAGUACGUUCUCUGGUAGAUAAUGGAGCUGCUACAGACCAUGCUGACAAGAAUGGCCGCACCCCACUGGACCUGGCAGCUUUCUAUGGUGAUGCUGAAGUGGUCCAGUUCCUGGUGGAUCACGGGGCCAUGAUUGAGCAUGUUGACUACAGUGGGAUGCGCCCUUUGGACAGGGCAGUGGGUUGCAGGAACACUUCUGUUGUGGUCACUCUACUGAAGAAAGGAGCCAAAAUAGGUUGUCAGACGUUACCGAGUCGCCCACGAGGUCCAGCCACGUGGGCGAUGGCCACCUCCAAACCAGACAUCAUGAUCAUCCUGUUGAGCAAGCUGAUGGAAGAGGGGGACAUGUUUUAUAAGAAAGGUAAAGUAAAGGAAGCUGCCCAGCGCUACCAGUAUGCUCUGAAGAAAUUCCCUAGAGAAGGGUUUGGUGAGGAUUUGAAAACCUUCCGGGAACUAAAGGUGUCUCUCCUCCUCAACCUCUCUCGAUGUCGCAGGAAAAUGAACGACUUUGGAAUGGCGGAGGAAUUUGCUACUAAGGCUCUGGAGCUGAAACCGAAGUCUUAUGAAGCAUACUAUGCGAGAGCAAGAGCAAAGCGCAGCAGCAGUAGACAGUUUGCAGCAGCCUUAGAGGACCUGAAAGAGGCCAUCAAGCUAUGUCCAAACAACCGUGAGAUCCAGAGGCUUCUGAUGCGGGUGGAGGAGGAGUGUAGGCAGAUGCAGCAGCAGCAGCAGCAGCAGCAGCAGCAGCAGCAGCAGCCACCCCCACCACCCCAGCAGCCUCAGCAGGAAUUACCAGAGGAAGAAGCAGAGCCUGAGCCGCCACAUGAAGAUAUAUACUCUGUACAAGAGAUAUUUGAGGAGGAGUUCUUGGAACAGGAUGUUGAAAAUGUUUCUAUUGGCCUCCAGACAGAGGCUCGGCCCAGUCAGGGGCUCCCAGUAAUCCAGAGCCCACCCUCCUCUCCAGCCCAUCGGGACUCAGCCUAUAUCUCUAGCUCACCUCUUGGGUCUCAUCAGGUUUUUGAUUUCCGGUCCAACAGUUCUGUAGGGUCUCCCACUAGACAAGGUUAUCAGUCCACCUCGCCUGCUCUUUCUCCGACUCACCAGAACUCUCAUUACAGGCCAAGCCCACCACAUACUUCCCCAGCUCACCAGGGUGCAUCUUACCGGUUUAGCCCACCUCCUGUGGGAGGGCAAGGCAAGGAAUACCCAAGCCCUCCCCCUUCCCCUCUCCGUAGAGGCCCUCAGUACCGGGCCAGUCCUCCAGCUGAGGGCAUGAGUGUCUAUAGAUCCCAGUCUGGCUCUCCUGUACGGUAUCAGCAAGAAACAAAUGUGAGUCAGCUUCCUGGCAGACCAAAAUCUCCACUAUCCAAGAUGGCCCAGCGGCCCUACCAGAUGCCUCAGCUUCCAGUGGCAGUUCCCCAGCAAGGGCUCAGGCUACAGCCUGCCAAGGCCCAGAUUGUCCGAAGUAACCAGCCUAGCUCAGCAGUUCACUCAAGUACUGUCAUCCCGACAGGAGCCUAUGGCCAAGUAGCCCAUUCAAUGGCUAGUAAAUACCAGUCUCCACAGGGAGACAUGGGAGUAAGUCAGAGCCGAUUGGUUUAUCAGGGAUCCAUAGGGGGGAUUGUGGGAGACGGGAGACCCGUUCAGCAUGUCCAAGCCAGCCUGAGCGCCGGUGCCAUCUGUCAGCAUGGAGGAUUGACCAAAGAAGAUCUGCCACAGAGACCCUCCUCUGCCUACCGAGGUGGCAUGAGGUACAGCCAGACACCACAGAUUGGGCGUAGCCAGUCAGCAUCUUAUUAUCCAGUCUGUCACUCAAAACUAGAUCUGGAACGUUCCUCCAGCCAGCUGGGUUCCCCUGAUGUGUCACAUUUAAUCAGAAGACCUAUCAGUAUCAACCCUAAUGAAAUCAAGCCCCACCCACCAACUCCCAGGCCACUGCUGCACUCACAGAGCGUGGGCCUUCGCUUUUCUCCAUCUAGCAAUAGCAUCGCAUCCACCUCCAACCUGACUCCCACCUUCCGGCCUUCUUCUUCAAUUCAGCAAAUGGAGAUCCCGCUGAAACCAACCUAUGAUAGGUCAUGUGACGAGCUGUCGCCAGUGUCUCCCACUCAGGGAGGUUACCCCAGUGAGCCCACCCGGUCCAGGACCACACCAUUCAUGGGGAUCAUAGAUAAAACAGCCCGGACUCAACAGUACCCCCACCUUCACCAGCAGAAUCGGACCUGGGCAGUGUCAUCAGUGGAUACUGUCCUCAGUCCCACAUCUCCAGGCAACCUGCCUCAGCCUGAGUCCUUCAGUCCACCAUCAUCCAUCAGCAACAUUGCCUUUUAUAACAAAACCAACAAUGCACAGAAUGGCCAUUUGCUGGAGGACGAUUAUUACAGCCCCCAUGGGAUGCUGGCUAAUGGGUCACGUGGAGACCUCUUAGAAAGAGUCAGCCAGGCCUCCUCCUAUCCUGACGUGAAGGUGGCACGGACCCUACCCGUGGCUCAGGCAUACCAGGACAACCUGUACAGGCAAUUGUCUCGGGACUCUCGACAAGGGCAGACAUCGCCUAUCAAACCAAAGAGACCGUUUGUGGAGUCUAAUGUUUGAGAGACAUUUGUUGGAGUGAGACCCAUAUGUUUUCACUGCACAUUUUCAGGCUUGGUUUCCACAUCCGAGGUAGUUCUCUGGCUUAAUUUCUCAUGUAGUUUCUGUGUGGUGUUCAGAGGUGACAGCCCACAUGUUGAAAUUCUUUGCAUGCAGCUGACUGGGAAGCUGGCCUCUGGUGAGCCAGGACUUUCUCGGGUCUGUGCCCCAGCCACAUGUUCUCUCCCUCUCUUCCAAUGCCAACGAGGAGAUUUUGUGCCGUGAGCUUUAACCAGGGAGAUCAGACAUACUGGUCAGCUUUUUCCAGGAGACAAUCGCUUUCCCUGAUGUCCUUGUUGUGUGAAUGUCUUUUUCCUUUUGAAAAAGUGAGAUGUUCUUGUUUGUUUUCUUCUAGAAACUCGAGGAAGUGUGUGAUGCCUCUCUGUCCUUGCAUUCUUAUUCAGUGUUCCACAUGGCCAGCCCCAGUGCAUUCCUGGGCCGUGGUCUCCUCCCCAGACUCCAGCUCCCUGCAGGCAUCCGGUCUAGAAUCUUUAUUUACUGUAUUGCUGGUCUUCCCCUGGGAUAAAAGGGUCUAGGGGAGUGUGAGAAAGAAAGAAAGCUGCUAAAUCAGAAGAAAAGACCACUAUAUUUAUUUGAAAUGUUACCAUGUUGUUUUCCAAGAGGCAUUUUAAGAACAUUUAGUAAACAUUCAGCCCUUUAAGUAAGUUGAUCAGCCAAGGAAAUUCCAGAACUGUGGGUAUUUUUAAAGCACUCACCAAGAGUGAGUUUUAACCAACAAUUGGCCACUAAAGGCUACUGAUUUUCCAAGGCUAGAGGAGAGAAUAGAUACAGAGAAAAGAGGAGACACGAGGAUAAAGACUGUUCUUGCUUCUCACUGGAAGAAAACUGUCUUGGAGAAGUCUGCUUUUUAGAUCUGAGCAGACUGCUGAGGUCUGGCUGGUGCAUCUCCACCUGGAGCCAGGUGGCCUUCACUGUCUCACACGCACAUGGUGUUAGGAAAAGGUUCUUGUAGAGCCUGCUUUGAUUCUCUUGGGACUGUAAGACCCUUCCCAGGGUUUCUGUCCAGGCCACUGCAUUCCAUGCCAGCUGUUCCCUCCAUUUAAGACCUCUGGUUUCAUUACUCACUGUUAAAGGAAUUAUGUCUUUUAUCUAGGAGUGUUUAGGGGUAAUCUUUGAAAAUCAGAAAUAGCCAAGAGUGUUGCAGAGUCCUUUGAGCCCUGCGUAGGGGCAUGAGAUGACCACAGGCCUUAUCUUCCAUCAGUGUCUACACAUCUAGGUCUUGUGGAUGUCUGCUCGCCUGACUUUGGAAGAGCUGAGACAACUGUGAGGUAGGCAGCAAGAACACAGGAACCAAAGCUGCAGCACAGUCCUGUCUCUGGCUCAUGUCAGCUCUUGAAACCAAGCAACUCAGCCCAGCAAACUAGCCAGGGGGUGUUGGCCCUGUGUUCCUAGGAAGCAUUUUUACUCUUCUUAGUAAGGGGCUACAGGAAGAACAGUGUCUUGAGCAAAAUCUAGCUGUGACCUGUUUGGGAUACAGGUUCUCUGAAAGGACCUACAAGACAUGCAGAACAUGCCACUGAGAUUAAAAAAACAAACCUUCCUUCACUGAUUUCAAUUAUGCCAGUAGAUAGACCCCGAGCCUAAAAUGGAUCAGGCCUCAUCUCUGUAAGCAGGGCAUGAAGAACUGCCCCAUUCUCCUAGACUAGGAUAGGCAUUGUGAUCUCUUCCUGCCUGUCCAUCCACCUGCCUGUAUCUCCAUCUCUCCCAUCUGGAAGGAGUUUAUAGCUGUGAAGUUAGCCUGUAGCUGGGAACAGCAGCUUCUUGGCUCCUGGUGUGGCCUGGACACAGCCUUGUUGGUCUCUAAGGGAGCUACCACAACCCAUUAGAAAAGUGCUCCUGCCUAUUUGGAAAGCUACACUUACCGCCUUACCUGCCCAGGUGGGCUAGAAUGCCAUGCAGUCAGAUAAUACACCACAACUGCCACUUCCCCCUGGUCCCUCAUUAUUCCAGGAAAAGCAAGAGAGUUAGCCUCUCUACCCCCACCUGAAGGUCAGUGUCAAACUACAGUUCUGUCCUGGCCAUCAUAAGAGAAUGGCUGUCACUACUGGGUGCCAGUGGAUUUGACUAGAAAACACCAACAGGAGAUUCUUGAGGCAGGAAAAACCAAGGGUCUUCCCUAGAUGCAGACUGCCUGUGCCCUGCUUUGCUACUUCACUGCCGUGGGUUGAUCUUGGUACUGUAUUUUCAAUGUGCCCUCCCUUCCCAGCCAUGAGCAUUUGCCAGACAUGGUGAGCCUCAGGAUGGAAGAAAGUUUUCAAAUGAAACUGGCAAAUUCUGCUCACUCAGUUCACAUCUCCCUUAAGUAGAGACAGGUGACAAACUUCAGCUUGUAGGUUUCUCACCAAAACAUGUUCCUUUGCCCAAAAUUCUUGCACUAAUAGGUGUCCAUCACAUCAUGUCUAUAAAUGGGUGCACUUUACUGUUUGAAGUUGUAACUGAUGAAUACUGGAUAUUUAAGUGUAAUAAUGUCUUCAUUAGAAAUUAGCAGUCACUCUUGUCUCUAGUGUUUUCAAGGAAAAAAAAAAAAAAGGAAA